GGGGGCCCCACGUGUUCCGCCCCGCCAGGCCCCGCGCGGCUCGGAUCCGGCGGCGCGGCGGCGCGGGCCGGGAGUGGGUGGGGAACGAGCCGGGGCUGGGGAGGAGCUGCCGGCGCUGCAGAGCCGUGGCAAGCAGGUGACAGGCCCGUUCCCAGGCCCAGUGAAUGCACAUGGAGCUCCAAGGCCCCCUCCCUGCCUCUCCUGGCCCAUGAGUCUUGAUGCAUCCAGGACAUGGGAGGCCGGCAAAGGCAGUGACAGUGGUCAUUUAGAGCGGUGGCCACUGUCUUGGGUCACUUUCUGCAGUCGCCCACUCUCCAGCCAAGCUGCCCUCCCCCUUUGCUCUUUCUCAGCUGUAUUGCAGUAGACAGUCAUUGCAAGGGCGCUGCGAGGGUCACUGCCAUGUGAGACCCAGGCACUCCAGACUGGGCACAUGAGGUCCCUUGGGAGAGACUCCUGGAGGUGCCCGGCCGAGCCGGGGCGCUGGCGUGAGCUCUAGAUGGUGUGAGCCAGCCCAGAGCCAGAAAAUGGCCAGAGCCUUGGAGGCGGACGAGCAGGGUCUUUGGGACGAGGAGGGAAUUCUGACGGUGAAGCUGGAGGAGGACGUCAGCUGCCGGCCCGAGUCCAUCCUGCCCACGGACGACCCGGUGCUCGAGACCUCGCACCAGAACUUCCGGUGCUUCCGCUACCAGGAGGCCGCCAGCCCGCGCGAAGCCCUGGUUCGGCUCCGAGAACUCUGCCAUCAGUGGCUGCGGCCAGAGAGGCGGACGAAGGAGCAGAUCCUGGAGCUGCUGGUGCUGGAGCAGUUCCUCACGGUCCUGCCCGGGGACCUGCAGCGCUGGGUGCGGGGCCAGCGGCCCGAGAGCGGCGAGGAGGCCGUGACGCUGGUGGAGGGUUUGCAGAGACAGCCCAGGAGACCAAGGCGGUGGGUGACUGUCCAUGUUCACGGCCAGGAAGUCCUGUCCGAGGAAACGGUGCCUCCAGGAGCAGAGCCCACGGCCCCGAGGGAGCUGCCGGACUCUCCGCAGACCAUGGCCGAGGAGUCCCCGGAGCUCGCUGCCCGGUCCCCGCCUCUGAGCCCAGAGGAGCCCAGCCUGGACCAGGGCCUGGAGCCGCCGCCCGCGCAGGAGAGCGAGGCUCCUGUGCCCCACACCCCUGACUCUCCUGAGGAGAAGAACACGGGGAACCCGGAAAUGGUGGCGCUGCUCACUGCGCUGUCCCAGGGCUUGGUGACUUUCAAGGACGUGGCCGUCUGCUUCUCCCAGGACCAGUGGAGUGACCUGGACCCGGCGCAGACAGAGUUCUACGGAGAGUAUGUCUUGGAAGAAGACUGUGGCAUCGUGGUCUCCCUGUCGUUCCCAAUCCCCAGGCUGGAGGAGAUCCCCCACCUCCAAGAAGACGAGCCUGCACUUCCCGAGACCCCCGACGCUCACGGGCCUCCAGACACUCCCGACCCUCCGGAGCCAGAAAUCCUGAGUUUCACCUACACGGGAGAGAGGAGCGAGGAGGAGGAGGACUGCACCGAGGGAGCGGCCGCGGGUGGCGAGCGUCUCCACCAGCCCGCGCUGGGCAACCCCGAAGUGCACCAGACUCCGGACUGGGAGAUCGUCUUUGAGGACGACCCCGAGAGACCGGGCGAGAGGAGGGUGGCGGCCAGCCUGCCCCAGGCCAACAGCCUGCUGGGCCUGUGCGAGCCGACACCCCUGCCGCUGCUGGCGCGCCACCACGACUGCCCCGUGUGCGGCAAGAGCUUCACCUGCAACUCGCACCUGGUGCGGCACCUGCGGACGCACACGGGCGAGAAGCCCUACCAGUGCCCGCAGUGCGGGAAGAGCUACACCCGCAGCUCGCACCUGUCCCGCCACCAGAAGGUGCACAGGCUGGCCGCGGCCGCGCUGGCCCCCCCGGGCCAGGAGGAGCCCGAGGCCACGGCGGCGCUGCCCCGCGCCGAGAAGACGCCUGGCGUGGACAAGCCGUACCGCUGCGAGGCCUGCGGCAAGCACUUCCGCUGGACCUCGGACCUGGUCCGGCACCAGCGGACGCACACGGGCGAGAAGCCCUUCUUCUGCUCCAUCUGCGGCAAGAACUUCAGCCAGAAGUCGGUGCUGACCACGCACCAGCGCAUCCACCUGGGCGGCCGGCCCUACCUGUGCGGCGAGUGCGGCGCCGCCUUCAGCGAGCACCGGCGCUACCUGGCGCACCGCAGGACGCACGCCCCCGACGAGCUGCACAUGUGCCGCGAGUGCGGCCGCUGCUUCACCCACAGCUCCGCCUAUGCCAAGCACGUGCGCAGCCAUGCCACUGGGCGGCCCUGCCGCUGCUCCGAGUGCGGCAAGAGCUUCAGCCGCCGCGACCACCUGGUGCGCCAUGAGCGCACGCACACGGGCGAGAAGCCCUUCACCUGCCCCACCUGCGGGAAGAGCUUCAGCCGGGGCUACCACCUCAUCCGGCACCAGCGGACCCACUCUGAGAAGACCUAGCGGGGUGCGGGCGCCGCCCGGCCGAGGGCCCAGCCACAGCUGCUCCCACGCUGCUCAGAACUCCGGGGCGGACCUGCCGAGGCUCCCCCCAGGGGUGCGGAGCUGAUGCGGGCGCCACAGAGGCGGUGCUAGGGACGGUCUCCCCCGCUUUUCCUCGAAGACUUGAACAGCCUCAUGUUUCCCAUGCAUUUUUCUCCGUUUCCCCAGGGCCGCCCGCCGUCCCUCCCGGCCCCCACGUCAAAGCACACGGCCCUGCGCAGGCCCGGGAGAGCCACAGAGCUUCCUGCACUGCGCCCUGGGCUGGGCCACGGGCGCGUCUGAAGGAUGGAGACAUCUCGGCCGCUACUCCGGGACGUGGUCAGGCGGCACCUGCCCUCGGUAACAGUGUGGGGGCGCACAGGGAGGCUGGCCAGGGCACCCCUUCCCCACGAGGGCUGCACUGGAACACUCACGCCUUCCGCCUCCUGACACCUCUGCUGCCGUCUCGCUUCUGCCUGCCAGGCUCGUGCUGCCGUGCCGUCCAGCGCAUGGGCCCCCGACAUCCCUGCCCACCCUCUUGGCACUGGCGCGUCCGCCGACCGGAAGGCACGACACUAACCCCAGAGUCGCGGUUGGGACUGGGUCACCUGCCUGACUCGAAGAGAACUGGAGAAGAGCUGAGAUCCGUGUGCGGGGGAGAAAGUAAGCAAAAGCCAGAGCUGCCAGCCUGGAUGGCGAGGCCCCUGACGCCCGGUGGCCACCAUGGCUGCGCUCUGGCAUGAGGGACGAAGCUGACCCCCACCCCCAGAACCCUGAAGAGCCCUCCGGGAGGAAGCGGCUCCAUCUCAGGGGACCCUGCUUUCCUGUAGCGAAGGACUCAAGUAUGUCUUCUGGCCCUAGGCGUUUGCCGCCUGACGCUGGGUGCAUCUAGAGAUGAGACCACGGAACUGACACCCGGGCCAGGGAGACCCCCCCACGGACGGAGCACGGGGCAUGGGAUCGGAGCGAGAGAAGGACCCCGUCCCCCGUGCCUGCCUGCUGCUCUGUGCAUCCAUGGGCAGCAGGACCAGGGGCCUCCACCCCAACUGCCCCACCAGGAACCCCUCGCUCUGGCCAGUGAGGGUGUCCCACCCACCCUGUGGUGAAGGCCAGUCGGCCACGGGGAGGGAGUGAACACACCGGAAAUAAAGAGAAGCUCCCUG